UCUGAGCCAAAUUCCAAAUUCUGAGCCUAGAAAUUAAUUAUUCAAAAAAUUUACCCAAUGGAAUGUGCAAAUUCCUUUAAUUCUUGUUCAAACACAGCCUCUUCUUCACAUGAUGAUAACAUUGAAGUUAAUAGAAAGCUGUCAAAAUCACUUCAAAAUGAAGUUAAUCUACAGGAAUGUGAUGUACAAUCUUACUCCAAUACUGAUGAGCCCGGAAACCACCUUCCCGCUCACUUCAUUUGUAAAGUACAAAUAUCUUGCAGAGAUUCCCAGCUAGCAAAUGUUGCUGCAGCUGAAAGUGAAAAUUCUGGAGCAGUUAAGAAAUCUCGUGGAUCUUAUGUUUGCUCAGCUCCUGGAUGUGACAAAAAGUUCAGCCGUCAUAGUCGCCUUGAACAACACUUGAGGAUUCACACUGGAGCUCGCCCCUAUGUUUGUGAUGCCCCUGACUGUGGUCGCAGCUACACUAGAUCACAGCAUCUCAAGCGCCACAAAGAUGCAUCUCAUCCAAGCCUUUCAGAACAGAAGCAACUGCCACAGGCCAAACCCAGAUGUUCAGAGUGCGAGAAGGAUUUUGCCAACGUGUACAGCCUGCGCAAGCACACAGUGCAGUACCAUGGUCGCCGCAAGCACGAGUGUGCCUCUUGUGGUCAGCUCUUCUUGAAGCACCAACAUCUGCUGACUCAUCUCCAGACUCACACUAAUGCACCUGCAUUCAAGUGUGAGUUCCCUGGUUGCAAGAUGGCAUUUAACGUGCCCAGUAAACUGAAGCGUCACGCUCAGGUGCAUGAAACUGGCAGGUACCGGUGCUCACGCAGCGAUGAGUGUGACAGGACGUUCGACAGACACGUAGACCUACGGCGUCACCUGGCAAACGAUCACUCAUACGAGUGCGCCGUGUGCGGCAUGAGUUUCCAACAGCUGACAAGGUACAACAAACACCGCGCGACGCACGAAGAUCUGCGACUGAGUUUCCAGUGCAAGAGCGAUGGCUGCGGCCGCUGCUACUACUCCCUGCGGGCGCUCGUGUCCCACGUACGCGAUAAACACGACAACGAAGGACGUCUUCACCCCUGCCUCGUCUGCGGCAAGAAAUUAUCAACCAAUCAAAAACUUAUACAGCAUCAGAAGACCCACAGUACAGACCAAAACCGACGCUGCACAAGUUCAUUGCGCGUCCGGAAACAACGUCGGGAUAAAGGAAAAGGACGCACAGACUACCGCCGUUUGUUAUCAGGGUUUGUCUCGCCGGGUUCAGAGAGCCGCGAUGUUCAUGGGAAUUUGAUUAAAUCUGACGACCUACAGAAUGAGUUCGAUGUCGUCAUAGGCACUCGACGCGGGCUGGAGGGGAGGAUUUCAUUUCCUGAUGAUGAUGAAAUACCUGCGCCCGUGGCUGACAUCAAUCCGGCUACAAACAGACAAAGCUCUGGAGCUAAAAAUAACGAUAUGAUUAUUUCUUCCGUAAAUUCUGAUCAAAUUGGCAACAAAGUGUCAAGAAAUCAAAUUAAUGAGUCUGGAGUACUGAAGCAUAUUUGCUGUAAUACUGAAAAGAAAAAGCAGGGACUAGUAUUUCGUCAGUCCGUGAAGAAAUUGCGAAAGAAAAUGUUGAAACUGAGCUUAUCUGUCUUAAAGAGUAAAUUCUAACAUUUUUAAGGUCCUGGUUUAUACCAUUGGGUCCUUAGGCGUGAGGGAUUGUUUUUUUUAUGGCAGUCCUUCACUCUGUAGGUUAACCCAAACUCCAGCAAUCUAUUAAUUUAUACGAAAUGAUCAAAAUUUUCGUCACCAAAGUUAGCAGGAAUAAGAACAAUUUCUUAUUGACAUUCACGAAGUGCGCAGCUCUUUCAGUUUAAGAAGUGAACGAGUCUCAAUUUAUCACCUAUGAUUGGUUUGCGUGGUAUUUCUGAAUCAGCGUCCAUGUCGUAGAUUUUUAGAAUUUCGAUAAUAUAAUUUGAUUUACUUCUCUACUGGCCUCAACUCUAUUGUUGCUGGCGCUAAAAAGGAAUCCCAUCGUACAUUGUGUCUGGGCUAGGGCUCAUACCUCUGUUGUCGUUUAAGAGAAAGCUAUUUUUCUCCUAUUUUCUUCUGUAGAAAAAAUGCAUGCAGCAAUCUGAACAAGAGUUACAAUUCAUUAUACACCGUCUGAUAAAUUAAACGCUUCUGUGUUGAAGUUUAUGUGUAAUGAAUGCAUUAAGUAAAAUGGAAACGCACGAAGA